GGGCAGCCACGUGCAGUUGUUUAUUUGAUUUCUUUCACCGAACUCUUCAUUUCAUACCAUGGUUAAAGCUGUUUUUACUGCCCCAGUGCCUGGUACUGUCGUGCAUCCCAUACAUCAGUACUCUGAUGAACAACAAACCCAUAUAAAGGCAUUACGUGAGUAUGCAGAUACCCUGCUUCUGGACCCAUCAGACCCGUACUAUAAAUGGGAGCUGCGAUGGUUGAACAAGCCAGAUACCAUGCCUCGGUACAUGCGCGCGGCAAAAUGGAAACUCCCUGAUGCAAAGCGUAGAAUAGAAGGAACGAUCAAAUGGAGGAGAGAGUUCCGACCAGAGUUAAUCAGACCUGAUGAUGUGAAGAUAGAAGCUGAGACAGGGAAGAUCCUCUUAAAUGGGUUCGAUAAAGAUGGCAGACCCAUCAUUUAUAUGCGCCCUGGUCGUGAAAAUACCGAAACCAGUCCUAGGCAGCUAAGACACCUCGUCUGGUGGCUAGAACGCGCAAAGGACAUGAUGCCCCCAGGACAAGAGUCGCUGGUUAUCAUCGUAGAUUAUAGAUCCACAACGCUUCGCACCAACCCUUCCAUAUCCGUUGCCAGUAAAGUGCUAACGAUCCUUCAGCAGCACUACGUAGAAACUCUCGGUCGUGCGAUUGUCACCAACCUCCCAAUGUUGCUUAACUUCUUCUACAAAGGCAUUUCGCCGUUCUUGGAUCCUGUCACCCGGGACAAGAUGAGGUUUAAUCCUGAUCUUCUUGACCUCAUUCCCAAGUCUCAGCUGGACUCUGAAUUCGGAGGCGACUUUGAGUUCGAAUUCGAUCACGAGACAUACUGGAAACAAAUCGUUGAUUUCUGCGGCAUCGCUGAAGACGGUACCCGCUUAGAAGGCUAUUUUGACGGACCAAAGGAUAUUCAUGGAAAACUGCUUUCAGAACAUUCCGACGCGGAUAUCGAACCUAGUACUGCAUCACCCACUUCUAACUCCUCCACCACUGCGUCUGUCAUAUCUGCUGGAGAGACCAAGGCGCUCGCUUCACCCGAUGCAACACCCGCUUCCCCCGAGUUAAUCGAGGCGUUGUAGAUCACUCAGGUAUAUUUUGAUGAUUGUACGCUAUACAGCACUGUAAUUCAACAUAGAGGCGGCUGUAUAACAUGGUCUUCGAAUCAUUGGUACAUAUAUUACAAGCAACCUCCCUGAAUCACCGCGUAGCUCUCUGAGUGCCACAGCUCAGCGCUCACCGUUGCAAUGCUCGGCCCCUGGUCCUCUUCGUCGGUGCAAGAAUGUUCAACGUCCAGGGUAGUGAUGCUCCGACAUCAUCCGGUCCAACUGACAGAACCAUGUUCUAAACCUGCAUUCUUAUCGGCUUGUUGUGCUACCGUGGACGAUACGGAGAGUCGCUGAGUGAAUCCAUCUUGCUGUGGCCAUAAUUACUUAUCACGUGUUGUGAUUGCAUUGAAAUCGUCUAUAUAUAGUCACUUAAGAGAAAUGUGCGCUGUAAUACUGACCUGUACAUGUUGACACAGAAGUCUUCGAACCCUACCUUAAAUACUAUCAGGCCCUGGCCUCGCCUUCGCAAACUU